CCUCCCACCUCCUGAGGAGUACUCGCAUGCAGAGCGACCUCCCUCUGUAGUUGGGUCUUCCUCUCCAUUGAAGAACUCCUCCAACCGGACUUUCCUCUCCAGUUUGCCCAGCAGAGAAGGAAGUUACACCGGGGGAACUCAGCUCUCCGUCGCGCCACCGCUGAAGGAAAAACUACCUGCGUGGUUUCGUCCCGCAGCGACUUCCUCGCUUUGAGAACUCCCAACUUUCUGCGGUUGUUGUUUUCCUCUCUCUCCGGGUUUUGUGGGGGGUCUGAGCUGAUCGACCAAGAUGUCCGUCUCGAGCCAGAAGAAGACGACGACGACGACCUACCGGACCGUGAACGUGGCCUCUCCGGAGCCGGUGACCAGCACGGUGAUCUCGGCCGCACCGGUCUCCCCGUUGCCGUACGCGAUGAACGGCUCCUACGAGACGGUGCGUUACCUGGUCCCAAUGCAACAGACCAUCCAGCAGCCGUCCUACAUCCUCAUGCAGCAGCCCAUGGUGCAGCAGAUGGUGUCCCCGGUGUACCUGCACAGCAUGCCACACCUGAGCGUCAGCAGCCAGGAGUCCACCGAUCUCAUGUACCAGCAGCAGAGCACGGUAGAAAGCAUCAGCGGGAAGUCUUCAUCAGUGUUCAGCCAGUCGUCCAGUCCCAUCAAGAGCCCUGAGCCGAGUGCCGAGGAGGAGGAGGAAGAAGAGGUGGAGGAGGAGGAGGAGGAGGAGGAGGAAGAUGUAGAAGAAGAGGAAGAUGGGGAGACAGUGGAGGUGGAAGAGGUGGAGGUUGUGAACGUCAUACAGCAGAGGGCAGCGCCGCCGCCGGCAAUAGGGAAAAUCUCCAGGAUGGAGGUGAGAACCGAGGAGAGGGAAGCGCCCCAGCCAGCCAAGAUGGACACGCGUUACUUCGGCGAGCUGCUGGCUGACGUCUACAGGAAGAACUGCGACAUCCACUCCUGCAUCUCUGAGCACGUGUCCAAGAUCCGUGGAAAGAAACACCAGCUGGACCCCAGCAAUGACUACAAGGUGGAGAGAGAGGAGGUGGAGGCUUUGCUUCCCAAAGGAGCCACUGAACUGACCAAACAGCAAAUCCGCUACCUGCUGCAGACUCGUCUCACUGCAGAUAAGAGCAUGCGUCUGCUGCUGUCCACCUUCAGCAGUCUGAGAGAGGAGCUCCUCCACAUGUCCGAGGACCUGCGGCGUCUGGAGAGCGAGAAGGAGGGUUUGGAGAGAGAUCUGAGCUUCAAAGCAGACCAGGCUAAGCAGUAUGACUGCCUCCUGGAGGCCAUGCGAGAAAACAACAGACAGCUCCAGGUCUCCCUGAAGGAAACCACGGCCACCCAGCGCGCCCUGGAGAGCCAGCUCCUGAGCAGCAAAAACAACGACUCGAGCCGCGACUUCAAGAUCAAAGAGAUGGAGGGGAGGAUGAGGGCGCUGGAGAAGGAGAACGAAAUGCUCCGACAGAAGCUGGCAGGCCAAAGCAGCAGCACCACCCUGCACAUCAAGACAGAGGAGUUGUCCCGUCAGUACAAAGACCAGCUGAGCUCCAUGAAACAAGAGAAGGACGCAGAGAUCCAGAGGCUCAAGAACCAGAUAACGAAGAUCACAACGACGACCACCACCACCAGCGAGAAGUCAUCCUCAGAAAAGAGUCUCCAGCUGAAGAUCUCAGAGCUGCUCGCCAUGUUGGAGCAGCGGCAGACCACCAUCACCCGACAGGAGGAGGAGAUCAGGAAGCUGAUGCAGGAGAGGAACGACAGCUCCAAGAGCCAAGUCACCAAGACCAUCAUCACCAAGAGGUACAGGAACCAGUACCCGAUCCUCGGUCUGCUGAGCGACGACUACCAGGUCACCUCGCCCGUCAAAGAAGCCAAGACCAUCGUCAUUGAGAGAACUGGAGAGAUGAUCAAACAGGAAAUCAUUACAACUCCUUAAAGACACACUGCUUCUCUCCGACAGGAAUGAUUGAACGACAAGAAGACCCAGACGUCUCUGCCCUCCCACCCCGCAUGCUCUUCCCCCUCUUCUCCUCCCCCUCCCCUCCUCCCCCUCCCCUCCUCCCCUCCUCCUCCUCAGGGCUCCCAGGGUUGGUGGUGGUUGAAAUCCCUCUCCCCCCAUUGAUUUGGGACGAUUGGUUCAAAUCUUAGGUUUGAGCGAAUUGGGCUGGUGACUGUGUAAUUUGGGCUUUUCAUGACAAAAUAAUCAAAGACCAAACCUUUUCAGAGUGUGCUACAGUCGAAUGGUUGUGCAAUGGAUUACGGUGGAAGGAAAGCAAUCAUGACAACUGGAAACUGGGCGAGAUUUGAUCCUACCAGAGUACGCUUUUAUUAAAAAAUCUGAGCUGAGAUGAUUUACUGUGUGGCACAAACACACACUUCCUCUCCUUUCUUACCUUCACAACUGGAUUCUGCUUUAUUAAGUGAAGAUUUAAGCUUGACAACAUCCCAACAAAUGACAGAAGUCAAAAACUCUUGUUGAUUGGCUGCUUCAAUGUCAUGUGAGAAACGCUAAAAUAGUGUAUGAAGUGUUUUUAAAUAAAAGUCUAUCCUACUCUAACAUGCUCACUUCUAAAUUUAGCAGUGACUCUUGAUCUGACUCUGUACAUUGACGCUGAAACACUGCACACGAUAUUUUGAUUAAGUGUGCGUACGAUUUUACCAGGUGAAUAAAUUAUCACACUGCAGUAGGGACGGGAAAUCACGAUACACUGCCUGCAAUCGAAUCACUAGUUGUGAUUCUGUAAUAUAGUGCAAGACAGUCUUCUGUGAUACAUUACAAACUAUGUAACUGAGAAGAACCGGCAAAUUAUAUGUGAAAAAUCUAGGAUUUUGUCUGCAUUUGCUGCCUGUAUGAUGAGAAAACAGAGCUGUCAAGACAACUGUGACAAUGAUAUGAGGCACAAACCAGCAAAAUGCCCAACAGUUCGGAGUUAAAGAAGCUGCAGCUCUGUCUCAGUAUCACAGGAAACUGUAUUGUGAUAUAUUACUGUAUCAGUUAUUUGUCCCACCCCUACUUGUCAGCUUAUAAACCACAGUAAGGCUGCAUUCAGAACCAUGUGGAUGUUGUCUUCUGUCACAUCAAAGGGGGACAUCCCCAAAUUUCUUGGAUGAAAGAUAGCUGCUAAACAAAGUGAAACUGAAGGAGUGUCCCAAAUCCAUACUACAUACUAAGACUCAGCAAGUUUUGAUGAUGUAUCCAUGUUCCGCACAUACUAGUAAAGUCACAACAUGUAGUAUACUCAAACCAGCAAGUAUUCAAACUCAUCUCCAACGAGCCAGGAGCUGCUCACGAGUGGAAAUAAUUAAAGGAAAUGUGGGUGAUGGUGAGACAGCUCCAAAAAGAUCUUGAAAACACAAAAGGUAUCGUUAAAAAACAAAACAAUUUGCUUUCUCUUUGUGAAGUUUUACCGCAUUGAGUAUUUUCAUGCUAACAAUAUGUGAGCAUGUUGGUUUUUUGUAUGCUAAAAGCUAAAACAGCAUGCUCUGACAAUUCAUAUGUACAGUAGUACAUACUGUAGAGAAUUAUGAUAUUGUAUGGAUUUGGGACCCAUCAUGAGUUUCAGUUUAUGUGAAGCAAGCAUCAAACAAUUCACUACAAGGUGAUGUUGCGCUAUGGCAAGAAAUCCUGCCCACACAGAGCCGGGUGUCAAUACUAGUCCCAAUUCAAUGCCUGAGUUUGCUACUUGCACUCCUAUAGUUCUCUAAAUGCUCUGAAGUCAAAUGUUAGACACUGUCUACUUACUGGCAACUGCACAAGGACUUAAUUGGCAAAAUGUCAUUCAAAUCUAUCAAAUCUGAUCAUAGAAAGUUGAUAAGAUUGCAGAUUUCAGCAAGCGUUCAAAACCAACAUAGUUGUCAACACACGUGCUGCAGACCAACCCAAUCACCAGGAAAAAUGUUGGCAUUGUAAGUUUGUGCAAACACCAGAUACACAACAUUUAUACAUUAUUAUGUAGCUGAUACAUUCAAAUGUUACGUUGCUUUAUGUUUUAGCAACCUCGUGGUCAAUGAGUGAUUAAGUUUAGGCACAAAACCAGCUGGUUAUGUCAGGAAGGAAUUGUGUUUGGCUUGAAAUACCCGCUUGUGGUGACACAAUCCUGGCUGGAAAUGAAGUGAUGUCUCAGUAAAAAACACUUACUGGGGCACAAUCCAGCUAAAACACAAUCGUUUCUUUUGGUUUGUUCGUCUUGAACGGUGGCCUGCCAUUUCAGCUCAUAUACUACGUCACAAUGUCAACAGUUUCUUCUGGCGACUGGGGUGCACAGACGUGUCAGUCAAUACCAAUUAAGUACAAAGAGCUUGCGAAUUAUCUAAUCGUUUACAAUGCCACACUGUGGAAAAGUUGUGAUCACAAGACAUGAAGGAAUAAAGCAUUAUAUUUCAGCUGAUCUCUGAGGGCUCUUGUCUUUCCAUCCAAAUUGUCCUAACUACAAGGCUCACCGAAGGGAAGACAACGUACUGAUGUGGAACCACACGCCUACGCCCAAGUUACCAAAAGAGCUCCGUCUCAGCUUCCAGUUGUCACUAAUGCACGUUUAGACAAGACUGGCACCAUCUUGCAUGUAGCAUGAGAUCCUCCUUAAAGCCACCACAACCGUGCUAGCCCAGGGUACAAGAUAGAGGAUGUGUUACUAUGAUUCCUACUCUGCAUGUAAAUAUUUAUAUAGACCAAUAUAUGUAUUGUAAGAUGGGCACGCUCAGUGAAUGUUUCCCCCCUGUGUGACUGUAGAGCAGCCCUCCUGCAAUACGGCUUUGAAGAGCAUUUAAAAAAAAUGUUCUGAUUGGGUAGUUUGCUUUCCUUUGUGCUAAAUGGUAUUUUUUUUUAUCUGUCCACUGUGUAAUUGUUUAUUCUGAUGUCUUGUUAGACUUGGAGGUGCAUGGGUACGUGCUGUUCACACAUGUAGCUAUUGAUAUGUCUGUGUAUGACAGUGGGAUCUGUGUCGGAGCUGUGCGAUGUGAUGUCUCACAUCCAUGAGAGGGAAGGACUCCCAUGGGUGUGAUGCAUCACAGUGGGUGGGUGGGUGGAACUGGAGCAUGAUGUUAUGAUGGUGGAAGAAAGUUUUAAAGCACAAUAUUAUGUUAUUGAGUUUUCCUGGUUGACUCUGUUCUGGCUUUUUACAUGAGGAAGCAUGUUGACGGCUUUGUGUCCAUUGGGUGCUCGUCUGUAAGGUGCUGCCGCCUGUUUCACUUGUUGUUCUGGGUAGACAGUUUACAGCAACCAUUACACUGAAACUAACUGACGUCAUCUCGUCAAACUUUCAUCCACACUGUACAUGUAUAAUACUCAAACAAGCAUUUCUAUUCCUCACUUAUUUAUCUCUUGAAACAGCUCCACAUAACUCCACAGAUUUCAAUAUGUGCUUUAACAUGCAACCUUCCUCUUUUUGAUGACAGCGAGUUAAUGUUUGUUUCUUCUUAAUCACCUAGAGAUGACUUAUUAAUACCACAACAGCUCAAACUACACAAAUCUGCCAUUUUCUACAUUGUAAACUGUACCUGCAGUUUUACUAUGGGCGUAUAAAGCAUGAGAAUGGGACAGAUAAAUGCAGAAAUAAAUGAAUGAUUCAAAUAACCUGUUUCCUCCUUUAAAGUAAUACAUCACCUACAAAAUGACCAUUAGCGAAUUAGUGAGUCAUGCUGUGUUAUCUUGAAUUCUUGAAGAUAACUGUUUUUCUUGAAUGCCUCCACUGAAAACGGUGAACAUAUUGCUUUAUCGAUUGACCUGGGACCAUGUUUAAAGCUCAGUGCUUCACAAACACAUGUAUCUGGCUAAAAAACCUUAGUAUUUAAGGCUGGCUUUAAAGGGGCACAAAAAGUUUCGCUUUCAGUUCAGUUUUAAAUACUAAGGUUUCAGCAAAAAUGCAUGUUUGGGAGGUAAUGAGCAUAUUUUAAGUAUAAAUGAGACUGUGAUUAUACUGCAAGAGGUAUGUGAGAGUCUGUAAACAGAUGUUUUGAUAUAGUUUUGCAUCUUUGUACAUCUUAGGUCACUUGCAAAAUUAAACCUUUCCUUAAACCUGCCCUUUAGAUAUUUAGAGAUUUUAUUUUUGUCUCAUGUAGACUAUUGCAAUUCCCUCCGCAGCAUUAAGACUCCUCACUGGUACCAGGAAGAGAGACCAUAUAACCCUGGUACUGGCUUCUCUUCACAAUGAAGUACAGAAUUGAUUUCAAAUUUCUUUUAGUUGUUUGUAAAACGCUGCGUGGACACACACCUACUUACGUCUCUGAACUACUCAUUCCCUACUCCUCCUCUCAGCCCCUCAGAUGUGGAGACCAAUCACUGCUCUGAAGGCAUUUUCAGUUGUUGUUCCCCCCUCCAUUGAUAUAUUUAAAACCUGUUUUAAGACCCAUCUCUUUUCUUUUCUUUAGCCUUUUAAUUAUCAUCAGGGAUGACAUCCCUGACCACACUGCUUAACACCUGUGUUUCAUUUUGUUGUUUGUGCAUCCUAUUUUGUGUUUGAUUUUGUAUGCUCUUAUUAGUUUUACUUACAUUCUCCUAUUUAUGACAGGUUUUGUUACCAUUCCUGUGUUUUGUUCGUUUUUAAUUUCUUUGUGAAUCACUUUGGUCAACAUUUGUCGUUUUUUGCUCUAUGAAGUAAUCUGACUUGACUUGUUUAAUGAAUUCAAGGUAACAUGGCAUGACAAGGUGAUUUACAAAUGGUCAUUUUGUGGGUGAAGUAUUCCUUUAAGAAAGCCUACUGAGAACUUUUUGUAUAUGUUGAACAGACUAAUAGUUUUGGCAGUAUUUCUGGUAUUAGUCAGCCUGGUGAAGACAGGGGAUCAGUUUGGUGAUAAUACAAAUUGUGCUGUUUCUGUUCUGCUACCUCCACCCUGAGGUUUUUCAUCCGUCCACGUCCUGGAUUUGUACUACAGUCUCUUGCAUGAUUUUACAACUGGUUCGGGGGUCAGGGUGAGUUUUAAGUCAUUUAAUUUUUCAUGGAAAUGGUUUCAGAUUGUGCAACAGACAAACAUUUACAGAUGCAUGUACUGUAAGUGGUUUAACAGGCUGCAGCACCAGCUCCUAGCUGCUGGAGAAUUUUAAAAGAUCUUAUUUAACUAAGGCACCAUGCAUACGUUUCAGCCAGACAGCACCGACAUUCCCCCGAAACAUGCGAUGAACACUACUGACAGAAAAGAGCUGCCCAGUGGACACAGAGCCAAUUUCUGUUGGAAGCCUGUAAAAAUGUAUUGACUAUCAUGGGACCUCAAGUGCCUUACUGUGUUAGCAACAGAAGCUUGUUUGCAUGCUUUUGUUGGGCCGACGUCACUGUUUGGUUGACAAAACAUCAUCAUCUGGUCAGCUGGUAAAAAUCUGGCGACUCUGAUCAUUCUCAAACAGUUUUUUUGGCAGCAUGGGACCAACAGUGGCUCUUUGGUUGCCUGAAGGCUUUCAUUUGCUAUCUGGGUAAUCUCGAAGGAAACCAAAUCCUGCCUUUUCUUUGCCAGCUGAGAAUAAAUUGUAUGCUGAACUAAAUUAACUGGUUGUAGCUAAUCUGCAAAUAGAUGUGUUUAAAUAUAUUUUGUAUAAAAACAGUUUUAUUUUCCAGUUCAAGAGGAUUUGGGCAGCUACACUGCCUCAGUUCUCUGCAGUAAGAAAUGUUUCAGCUGUGAUAGAUUGUGAUUAAAAUCAGUAAUGUAUCAAUGCAAA